AUGAACAUGGAAGUUAAUUCAAUGGAGAAUCUUAUACAUUUACCAAUCUGUGAGAAUGUUAUCAGACGUUAUGGUAAAUAUACGAAGAAGGUUAAUGGAGAACUUGUUAAAGUAAUAUACGAUUGGUUUGAACGUGAAAAUCAAGAACAUGCUAAGUAUCAUGGUCAUCAGUACAAAUUAGGUCUAACUAAACAGCAAUUUGAUGAAAUGAAAACACUCGUAUCACCUAUGGGUACAUAUGGAGAAGAAUUAUCUUUUGAUCAAUUUUGCGAUAUUCUUAUACCAGUUAUAACUGGUGGUGUAAGUGAUCAACAUGAUGAUUAUUCAAUAUGGUUAGCAUUUCGUUCAUUUGAUAAAAAUGGUGAUCAUUAUAUUCAAGCUGAUGAAGUUGAAGCAUUAAUACGUAUUAUUGGUAAAUCUGUUAGUCGAGAACGUAUAAGAUAUUUUAUUGAUAAAGUUGAUUGGGAUUAUAAUGGUAAAUUAGAUUAUAAUGAAUUUCGAGAAUUUAUUGUACGUGGUUAUGCACGUGAACUACUUAUGAUGGAUAUAACGCGAGAAAUUGUUUAUUCACAUGAUCAAAUGAAAAUACCAUCAUGA